UUACGCCUCCCAAUGACGUCAGCGGAAGAACUGCGAGUGUGUGUGCGUUAGGUCACAUUGGUUCAAUUUUGUAAUGUUUUGAGGAGUACAUCGUUAUGGAGGCAGAUAACGCAGAUGAGCUUCACCUGAGGCACGUGGAAACAGAUGUCCUGAUCCCCAAGAUGAUGAGGGAGAAGGCUAGGGAGCGCUGUGCUGAGAAAGUUGAAGCCUUCACCCACUGUUGUAAAGAAUCGGGUUUCCUCAUGGUGCUGAACUGCAGAGAGGAGAAUUCGGCACUGAAGGAAUGUCUGACGUUACACUACAAGGACCCUGGCUUCUUCGAGGAAUGUAAGCAGGAGUACAUCAGACAGAAAAUGGAGUUCGAAAGAACAGGGAUCCCGUUAAAGAAAAGAAACCAGAAACUCCCAACUAGCAUGUAAUAAGAAACAUGACACCCAAACAGCCCCCACAUCAGACUGGGUUGAUGAAGCCACAUACCUGUUUAACUUAAAUCUGCUGCAUAUGUAACUAAAACAGGUGUGUUAUGUAAAUCAUGUUUGCUAAUUUGCGUAUGUUUGCAUAAUGUUUUUCAUCAGAUACCCAUAAACGUUGCAAUAUAAUUAUCUUUUCUCUGUUGAUUGAAUAUUGAUAAUUAAAUCUAUUCAUUUAACAUUUACAAGUACAUGUGCUAGCAACACUUUGGCUUUCCAGUUGUAAAUUUUGUAGUGCUCAAAAUCUGCUUAGGUUUAUAUUUGACAUACAAUGGCAACUCAAGUGCUUAUUUAAUCUACCUGCUCCUGCAGCCUGUUUAUCAACAUCCUAAGAAAAAAGACUUCAUGAUUAUAGUUUUGUACAGCAUAUGUUAAAGAUCUACUAUAAAUGAAACCCAUAAAAAAAAUAAAAAAUGAAAUGUGACAAUGUAAAUAUUUUGUCAGUAAAGUGAAUCUAUGAUAAAGUGUGUUUCAUUCA